CUGCUCACCCGGGCGGCGGCGUUGCCAUGACGACCGCGCCGCGCAGCGCCGCCAUGGAGGUGACGGGCAGCCGCUUCUGCGGCGACACCGAGCGCGGCAGGAUGGAGGGACGGGGCUCCUACACGCUGCCUACCGGCACCGAGUACCGCGGCGAGCUGCGGGACGGCGCGUUCCACGGGCGGGGCGAGCUGCUGUUCCCCGGCGGCGGCACCUUCCGCGCGGUGUGGCACCGCGGGCUGCCGGUGGAGGGGAAGUUCACUUUUGCAGACGGCCUCGAAUACGCGGCCGAAAGGUGGGAUUACUGCGACGGCUACGACAGGAGGUUCUACAGCGAGAUCCGCUCGGGGCUCAGAGCCGCAGGCAUUUCUCAGCUUACCAACCUGGAUCCUCCUCGAAAAAUCCCAGCAGGAUGUUACGACUGUGGUGAUGGAUUCUAUAAUCCUGAAACCAGAAUUGUCACUGACUAUGAGCUGACAUUUCUCAGAAAUGCAGAUGAUGAGGAGCACGAGUGGAUCACCCGGAGCUGCCGCAAAGCUGAGGACGGAGCACUGGGGCAGAAACCUGGCCCAUGAAAGCUGGUUUUGCUAGACAGUAACAUUCCAAAGCAGACCCUCACCGUAUUCAGAUACCUUAUUCAACUCAAGUGAAAAGCCUCUUGCUGCCUGUCUUCACUGGAUUUUUGUCUGCAAAAGUUUUUGGAAAUAGCAACUGCAGAAGUUUAUUACGUGGAGUCUACGUUGCUGCACCAGAACCCAUUUGGCAAUUACUGAAUAAACUAAGAAAAUGGGAAUGAUUUUACUUUAUUUUUUGCUUUUAAUCUACAGACAGGAGAUGAAUGCAAAUGACCUGAGAUAAGGUUUGGUUCAGUGGCAACAGUCAGCAUGAAAUAGAUCGUGAAACAAUGUAUUGAAUAAAUUAGAGGAUUUCUUACA